AUGUGUGGUAUCAGUGCCAUUCUUCUCGGCGAUCCCAAAGCCACCACGGCUGGUAUCGAGCUCCACGAGAGCAUCUACUAUCUUCAACAUCGUGGACAAGAUGCUGCUGGUAUCACAGUCUGCCAGGGAGGAAGAUUGUACCAGAUGAAGGGCAACGGCCUGGCCUCCAAGGUCUUCCAGGAACCCGCCCGUAUCCCCGAGACACUUCCCGGAUAUGCCGGUAUCUCUCACGUCCGGUACCCUACUGCUGGAACUUCCUCUGCUUCUGAAGCCCAGCCCUUCUACGUCAGUAAGUUAUACCGUCCCAGGAACAACCCAAGGCGAACCUUCAGUGUACUGACAAUACUCCUUCAAACAGACAGCCCUUUCGGUUUGAGUUUGGCUGUCAACGGCAACCUGGUCAACAGCACGGAACUCCGUAGCUUCUUGGAUCUUGAGGCCCACCGUCAUGUCAACACCGACUCCGACUCAGAACUUCUCCUCAACGUCUACGCUCACGCUCUGCACGAGCUCGGUAAGGCUCGAGCCAAUGUGGACGACAUUUUCGCCGGUCUCCGUGAAGUGUACUCGAGGUGCAAGGGUGGCUUUGCCUGUGUUGCCAUGAUCACUGGCUUUGGUGUCCUCGGUUUCAGGGAUGAGAACGGAAUCCGCCCCCUUUGCCUCGGAUCCCGACCUUCUGCCACUCUUGAUGGAACUAUGGAUUACUUCAUGGCCUCCGAGUCUGUUGCCCUGACCCAGCUCGGCUUUACUAACAUUGUCGACAUUCUGCCUGGACAAGCCGUUUUCAUCCAGAAGGGCGGCCACCCCCAGUUCCGACAAAUUGUCGAGAUGAAGUCGUACACCCCCGAUAUUUUCGAAAUGGUCUAUUUCUCCAGGCCUGACUCCUCUCAAGAUGGAAUCUCCAUCUACCGUAGUCGGCAGAACAUGGGAGAGAGGCUCGCAGAGAGGGUCAAGGAUGUGCUGGGCGAGAAGGGUGUCCAAGAGAUUGAUGUUGUUAUUCCAAUUCCUGAGACUAGCAACACAUCCGCAGCUGCCCUGGCCAGUCGCCUGCAGAAGCCGCUCUCCAAUGCUUUUGUCAGGAACAGAUACACUUUCCGAACAUUCAUCAUGCCGGGCCAAAAGGCACGACAACAGGGCAUUCGACGAAAGCUGUCGCCCAUCGCGUCCGAAUUCAAGGACAAGGUUGUCCUGCUCGUUGAUGAUUCCAUCGUUCGUGGUAACACGUCACGUGAAAUUGUUUUGAUGAGCAGAGAAGCUGGUGCCAAGAAGGUCAUCCUGGCUUCGUGUUCUCCCGAAAUCACACACCCCCACGUGUAUGGCAUUGAUCUUGCCGACCCCGCACAGCUCGUUGCUCACAAUAGGACUGUGAAGGAGAUCGCCAAGGAGAUUGGCGCCGAUGAGUUGAUCUACCAAUCGCUGGAUGACCUCAAGGCCGCCUGUCUCGAUGCCAUCGAUGGCGAGACCCAGAUCAAGGACUUUGAAGUUGGAGUCUUUUGUGGAAAGUACCAGACAGAUGUUCCAGAGAGCUACUUUGAGCACCUCAGCGAGAUCCGCGCCAAGGGCAAGAAGAGAAAGAACGUCGAGGAGGAAGGCUCAGAUGCCAAGAAGCUCACCCUGGUGUCCAACAGUGGCCCGGUGAAUGUCCGCAAGGUUCAAGAAGAAGAAGAAGAGGACAAGCCCGUCAUCGACCAGGAUGACAUCAGCCUUCACAACUCUGCGACCGAGCGGUAG